AUGGCAGCGUCAUUACCGUUCCAUAUCACCGAGCAUGUUAUUGACUCACAGCAUAUCCGAGAAUAUCCUCUUGCGACAACAAGGGCCGAAGAUGCUCUCAAGCUAGUAGUCAAGAGAUACACUCCUAAAUCAAAUCCAAAUCCCCAGUCAGGUGAUCUGACCAUCAUCGGGGCCCAUGGAAGUGGAUUUCCAAAGGAACUGUACGAACCGAUCUGGGAGGGGGUUCUCUCACAGCUACAUGACAAGGGAAUUCGCAUCCGCUCAAUCCGGAUAGCAGACAUUGCCAACCAAGCGGCGAGCGGGGUCUUGAACGGGGAGUACUUGGGAAACAGCCUAUCGUGGUUUGAUCAUGCCCGCGACCUCCUCAACAUGAUCAACCAGUUCAAGGCCGACAUGCCACGCCCAUUGUUGGCAUCGGCCAUAAUCUCGGGGCAGGCCAACUAUACGUGGGUAUCUCGUGCAGAAGCGGCUACUCAUUUCAAGAAGCAGUUCAAGACCUGGGAUCCGAGGGUGCUCGAGCGCUGGCUGCAAUACGGUCUGCACGGCCUUCCAGGUUCGGAUACCGUCACUCCUUAA